GGGGAGCAUAGCGAUGUCGAUCUUUGGUGGGGGUUGUGUCAGUUCGAUGAUGCAGUUCAUUGUUCUCAGAAAUAAAUGACUUAUAUCGCCAGAAUUUUGAAAAAUGUUUUAGGUCAUUCAGCGCUUAAAGUUUGACAUUUUUGUGUGAUAUUUUUAAUGAGGGUAAACGAGAGUUAUUAAUUUGCCAUGAUCGGCGAGUGACUUUCUAGAUAUCAUAGAGGAACGCCAAGAGUUUCAUCACAACAACCACGCAGUACCUUAGGUGAUUGGUGGGAUGAUACCUCAUGCAGGACCAUGUUGACACCUCUCCACCCAUUGUACUGUGUGGAAAUGGAGUUCAAACUGCAGCAUGGAUAGCCUGCAAGUGUCCCAGAGCCAGCCACAGCCACAGUCCCAGCAGGGGGGCAGGGCGACGACCACCAGCAGCCGGAGUGCGUCGCCCUCUCUAGCCCGGGUCCUGCAGCAGCAACAUGCAUCCAUUGGUGACAGUGGCAGAGAUGUGACAAUGAGCAGCUCAAUUAAAGGCAGGCGCCGCUCGCCAGUGGCUGCGAGUGGUACUGGCAGUGGAAGCACUCGCCGUGGGGGUUCUGAUGGGGGUAUGCCUGCUGCUGCAGCUGCUGUGGGUGCAAGCACCAGCCCACAACCUUUUGCAGUUACAUCUGAUGAUACAUCAGCUGCCCUGACACCAUCUCAUCACCAUGAUGAGGAGACGGAGCUGUACCAUCCCUCUACAUCAAUGUUAUCCAAUGGUUCAUCAGAACAUGUAACAGCAGCACUGUCAGGUGAUGAAGUUGAUGGGCAUAGUAUGUCUGAUCUCUCAAGAACAAGAGCUGCCAUUGAACACAUGCAGUCCAAGAUUGGUCGGACAAAGGAAAUGAUUCGUGAUGAACAAACAACGCGAGAUGACAAUGUAAAUGAAUAUUUGAAACUAGCUGCCAAUGCUGAUAAGCACCAGCUACCAAGAAUCAAGGCAGUCUUUGAGAAGAAGAAUCAGAAAUCAGCUCAGUCCAUUUCACAACUGCAGAAAAAGUUGGAAAGUUAUAAUAAAAGGCUUCGAGAACUAGAGACGCAUGGUCUUUCCAGCUCUCAUAGGCAGCCACGGGAGGUGCUGCGUGACAUGGGGCAGGGACUGAAAAAUGUUGGUGGCAACAUUCGUGAUGGUAUCACAGGGUUUUCAGGAACUGUGAUGUCGAAACCAAGAGAAUUUGCACAUCUCAUUAAAAACAAAUUUGGAAGUGCGGAUAAUAUUAACCAGCUAGCACGAAAUGGUGACGGGAGCUCAGUGGAGGAUGAGAAAGCACACCAUGGAAGUGCAACUCUACCUGGUGGAUGCAGUUUAACAUCCACACAUGCCUCAUCGUUGCGCUUUCCUUCAGAUGAAAAUUCAGAGUGCAGCUCUGUGACCAGUGAGAGCUUACCUGCAGGAGGUGGUCACCAGUUGCCACAGUCUCCUCCUCCCCAUCAACCUGCAGCGCACCACACUCCGCAGGUUUCAUAUUCUAAUCUGGAAUCUAUCCUACAAGAGCUACAUGAGCGUGGUGAAGACUGUGAGCGGCUUCGUGAAGAGCUGGAAACAUUGAAGCAGUCACUGCAGCAGGAGGUGAGUUUCCUAAGCCAGGCAUUGACAGAAGAACGCUUCCGCAGUGAGCGUCUGGAGGAGCAAGUCAACGACCUCACUGAGCUGCACCAGAAUGAAGUGGAGAACCUGAAACAGGCGCUGGCUGACAUGGAGGAGAAGGUGCAAUACCAGAGUGAAGAACGACUCCGUGACAUCCACGACAUGCUAGACAGCUGCCAAACAAAGAUCUCAAAGAUGGAACACCAGCAGCAACAGCAACAGCAAUAUGUGACGCUCGAAGGACUGGACAACUCAAAUGCUCGGGCACUUGCAGUGAAGCUUAUCAAUGUACUGCUGACUGUCUUGCAGGUCAUUCUCCUUCUGGUUGCAACAGCUGCUGGCAUUGUCAUGCCAUUCUUGCGCACACGUUUACGCAUCCUGACAACAAUUAUUUUAGUUGGUGGAGUGGUGUUCGUACUGAAGCAGUGGCCAGAACUAAGGGAUGUCGGUAGCCAUCUGAUACGUCACUGGAAAGAAGCUUUGUCUGUGAAAUAGGAGAUUUAAAACUAGCAGCACCUCACUUGCUGCUUUUCGCCCUCACUGGUGCUACGAUGGAGGAUUGUCGAUGUUUGCAUCUGGACAGUCAGAGGAAUAGUACUGCAUUGCAUCACACUAUGCUUGCUUAGUUUGAAGAAUCUGGCUGUUUGUGUGACUGAGUGUACAUACUAUAUUUUUGUGUGUCAUUAUGUAAAGAUAUGCACAUUUUUAAGAAUUUUUAAUUAUUCUUUAGUGUGUGUGUGUGUGUGUGUGUGUGUGUGUGUGUGUGUGAGAGAGAGAGAGAGAGAGAGAGAGAGAGAGAGAGAGAGAGAGAGAACCAUUGAAAUUGAUCUCCUAUAAUUUUCUAUAGUAUUUGCAGUGGAAGCUGAAUUGUUUUCAAGUGGUCACUUGGCAGUCUGCAAAAGUGAACAUUCAGAUAAAUGAAGAGUAUUAAAAGCUGUCUUUCAGUUUAAAGCAAUGUGAUAAAUAAUACAAUGGCUUUCUCUGUAUAAGUGAAUCUCGUUAAAUAAGUUUAACAUUUUAUGCAGUAAAAAUUACACAAAGCACUUUCUGUUGCUAUUGCUACACCUUCAGUGAAUGAAGUUUUAAAAGCUUAAAAGGUAUUUAAGUAGUGAAACCAGAUUGAUUGUAAAACGUGUUCAAUUAUUUAAAUAUUUAUCUGUGUAUUUUUUAUUUAGUAAUUAUACUCUACUUAGAAAAUAUAUGAUUCGUGUGUGCGCGCGCGCGCGUGCGUGCGUGCGAGAGAGAGAGAGAGAGAGAGAGAGAGAGAGAGAGAGUUGUGUGUGUUAGAAUAUUUUAGAACUUUAUUGCACAUACUAUUUAAAUGUCUGUCUUAAAUUUGGUGGAACCCUACUGCCCCACCCCUCCAGCUCGCUUGGGCCUCUGUAGGCAUUUGGAAUUGCUUCAGUAGCAUCACUGGCUGUGAAUUUUCUGUGACUUGUAUUUUAGUGGCCCUUGCACAUAACUAGUUUGGAAGACAUAUGAUAUAUCUUUAUCAUGGCAUAAAGUGUUAAGUGUUUAAUAUAUUAUACUCCCUGUUUGCUUUGUUGUGUAAAGGAAUAGUUGUCUAUCAAACAUGUGCUAGUCUCAGAUUUUCAGACUUCAUCCAACACUGUAUUUUUGUUAAGAUAUUGGUACUUGUAACAUCAACUGGCUGACUUCAAUUUUUGUGUUUCUUUUGUAAUGGUGUUGAGAGAUUCUGUUACUUCUGAGUUAUGGAUAAAAGAAUGAAUCAUUGCCAGUAAGUGCUUGAAAAUUCUGGAAUUGAUACACUAUAAUUCAAACAUAAAUAUAUUUUCAUUGAAGUGGAAUCAGGAUACAGCUUAGGGCAGCACAUUAAGAGAGAAAUUUUUUAAUUUGGGGAACUGAUCCAUCUCUUUCUGUUAAAUUAAGAAAAGGAAGGAAAAAUGUGCAAAAUGAAAAAUGACUGCAUUAGCAUCAUGCUAAACUAUUUUCCUUUCUUAUUUCUCCUUAUUAGCUGAGAUUUUUAAAGUAUGCUAUACACGUCCAUGUUAUGAUUUUAGUUUUUGAUGAUUACCGAUGUUUUGUAAAAGUCAAUGUUUGUUAAUCUUUAAAUAAUUUCUUGUUUUAUGGGCUCUGUUGCCCACAAAUAAACCGUUAUUUGUAUAUUAUUUGUCUGGCUAGGCAUUUCUUAUGCUUCUUUAAAAAGGCACUGUUUUCAUUUAUACAUUUGGAAAAUUGUUAAGGAUUAAUAAAGAUCACUACAGUGCAGGUAGUUAACAAACAAUGUGGUAUACCUAAUUAAAUAAGUCUACAGAUUUUCUGAACUUAGAGGUGAUCAAAAUUGGAAAGAUAUGACAGUAUUAUUUUGUUCAUCUCAGUUUCCACUGAAACAUGUAUGGUUUACAUAAAGUGUAUUUUGUAUUGUAGUAAUUUAGAUGCACAUAUUAAUGAAACUGUAUGUCCCCACUUUAUUUAAAAGUAUUUAACCAUGUAUAUCAACAUUAUACAUUUCUACCAAAGAAUAAGUCAUGAAAGCAAGUUGCUCAAAAAUGUUUUAGACUAACGCACAUUUUAAACUUUUUAUUAAGGGUAGAAUACAGGCAUUUUAAUACCCCUACUCCAUGGAGCUUGGUGCUGAAUAAACAGACAAAUCACAGAUGCCUCAUAAAAUAUACCGGUUUGAUUGACUACACUCUCUGUUGGCUCGGUGAGGAGCAACUCUCGCUCUGGUAUCUUCAACAAAUUUCCAUGAAAUUGUUUUCUGUGAAUUAAGUUGUAGUGUUGAGUUGUUUAGCUGGUGUACGGGCAGUAGCAAAGCAGGAAUUGUACUUUUAUGCCACGAAUAAAUCAAGAAUAACAUGUAAGUUAUGUGAAUGAUGGAGAAGAGAUCUCCCAAGUAUGGAUUGAUUUUUAGGUUUGUAGUCUUUAAGACCAAUUACCUGUCUUUAGCACAUCCAGUAUUUUUCAUAACAUUGAGAAGUUGCUUCAGAAAUACUCAGCUAAUAAAUUUGCUUAGAUUGUAUUGACAAAAACAGUAUCAAGUUUGCUUCUGAAAAAUGCAGAGAGAAAUGCAGCUGUAUGACUUAAAAGCAUAAAGCAAGAUAAAAAUAUAUUAACGGCUUUGGAACUCCAAGGCAUACAUUGAAUUCUAAAUGGAAAAAUUGAAUGAAGAGACCUAAUCUUGAUUCAUUAAUGUAAAUAAACAACGUAACUGCAUCAGUCUCUCACAGGCAGUCUGCCAGAACUAAACUGAAAGAGGAAAAAAGGUACAUGAAUAUCAGUUUCUGUAAAUGCAGUGCAAAAGACAUGCAUUGUGUGACUAUUCAGUUAUCACUGAUAUAAAUAUUUUAUCCGUCUGUUUCAUAAUGUUUCAGGAUUUUGAUACUGUAUUUAAAAUGUAUAUAUUUGGCUAGCAAAUGUUGCUCAUCACAUUUUAUGAAAUUGUGUGUUGGCAGGUGGGGAAAAUAAAGAGUUCCUCUUAUCAGUCUGAUUUCUUACAUAUGAUAGAAUGAAAUAACAAGGCCAUUUACCACCCCUCCUUUCCCCUGUUUUUUUGUGUUUGAUUAAAGUUUGUCUGUGUUUGUACAAGUACACUGUAGUUCAGCACACUACUAACUAAACUUUGUCCAAUUUCAGAACAUAUUUCAGUAACACUUUUAUGUCACCAACCACAUUUGGUUGGUUUUAUUAACUGAAAAGUUUAGAUAUUAGCUUGAAUAACCAGUAUAUUUUUCAAAUCUUUAAUUUUGUGGUCUUUCUGCUAUCACAGCCUUUCAAAUUAUUUUAGAAGGUUUCAGAAAUAUUUGAUACUGUGAGUGUGUUGGGGAAAACUAAAUGAUUUAUUGCAGCUUAGUUUUCAGAAGAAAAGAUAAAAGCAGUAAUAUAGGUUCCAGAUUGGGUUAAUUGAUUCAAACAGAUAAUUAAAAUUUCAGUGUGAGUAUUUUGUUUAUGUAAUUUCUUCAUGCAACAAGCCUGUAAAAAAAAGAGAAGAUUAGCUUUAUUGGUUGUGCAUUUCAGAGCACUAGAUCUGUAGUACAGUAUUACCUGCUUAUGCCAUCUUAAGUUACAGACUUCAUCAAAUUUCAUUUUAACUGCUCUGUUGUUUAUUGUAAUAGUAUUUUUACUAUUAUUAUUGUUGUUAUUGUUUCGUAGCAUUAUUCCUGUUAUUUUGUGCAACAUGUCAUACAGACCUUAGGCAAACUCCUUCCCACACAGUCUUCAUAAUACUAGCAUGCUUCCCAGUGAAUAUUGGUUGUAUCCAUACAAGGAAUACACAGAAUCAGCGUCAUACUGGUUUUGAGCUCAUGGUACUCACACUGGAAAUUGGUGAACAUUUUGUGUGUGUGUGUGUGUGUGUGUGUGUGUGUGUGUGUGUGUGUGUGUGUGUUUUCCAAUUUUUCUCAACUAAAAGUAUUUAGAGCCUCACUUUAAAAAGAAAACUUUCCAGUCUGCUGUUAAUUUCAAUUAUUCACAUAAAACUAAGAGAUUUACCUUAAUUUUUAUGAGGAUUGCAAUACAGAAUCUGAUGUAUUUUUGCAUCUUAUCUUCAUACAGUGGAUAUAUUAUGCAAUUAAUUAGAUUACAAUGGUGCAUUAAAUGGUUUAUGUCAGAAUUAUAGACUUUUCAGGCUGGUAUUGUGCAGUGUGCAGUGUCCAGUGUGAAAUUGAACUAAUGUCAGUUACGCAAGGAGGCAUGUUGGAACAUUUACUAGAAUUAUAGUCAUCAUAAUGUCAACUGUGUCAGUGUGCAUAAGGAAACGCCUGUCUUUAACUUCAUUCAUAUUUCUUCUACAGUUCAUUUUGAUAUGCAGUCCAAAAGCAUCAUAUUGUGAUCCCUUUCAACAGGCAAAGAUUUAGUUAUAUAUUGAUACACUAUUUCAAAUCAAAAAAAAAAAAAAAAAUUAAUUCACUUGACAGUUUUAAAUGCCAGUGAAACAUAAUUUCAUAUGUAGUUUUGCCUUUUUUCUUAAUCUUGUCAAGACAUUUUGGCCACUGUAUUCUGCAGUAUGAUGUAUUGGAAAAAUAAGAAUUUCCACCUGAUAAAUGUUCUGACAAAUAUAAAGGUUGUUAUUUUUUCUUUUUUUUUGUAUUAUACUAUCAUUAAAUGACAUAUUUCUUUACUCAUGGAAUUGAUGCCUUAAAAUCACGUUUCAACACUUGCUACUGUGUAGCAGUUAUUUAUUUACUGGAACUGCUAGUUUUAAAUUUAUAUAAACUAAAUGUUAUACAACACUUUUCUUAUUUGUUAGUGUGUAAAACUGUAUUAAUGUGCUUUGCAAUAUCAACAGAAAUUAUAAAAUGUCAGAAGAAAAAACAUGGGCCAUAGUGAUGGGGUGCACUUCAUGAGCACUCUUUAAUACUUGUUUCCGAUCCAUGGUACAAUUUCACAUUAGUAUCUUAGACAGAUACUUUUUCCCCCUCUCGCUAAAUAUUGUUCUGCUCUCUGCCUCGUCACGCAGCCCUGCACCCCCCCCCUUCCCCCCCCCCCCCCCCUCCCCAAAUCUUUCAGUCCACCUUUCCUUUUGUUCCCUUCCCUUGAUGUGUUAGAUAAUUUUGUUCUUUCUAGGUGUAAGACAAGUCAUUUUAUAUUUUUCUUAUUUUAUUUAUAAACCCAUUUUUAUGUGUUUGUAAGUAAGAAUAAUUUAGAAGUCAGUGUUGCAAGAUGCAAUUUCUAACACAUAUGCAUCAUGUCUUUUCGGAAUUAUAACUUGGUUACAGAUUUAUUGUAUUCACGGUCAACAGAACACAAAAAUCAGCUUUAGUUGUAGAAAAAGGCACCUAUACUGAUGUUACAGCCCGGAAAUUUUUUUUAUGCCUUCUAAUUUAUUGUGACAAAUUGAAAAUAGAAAAAUAAAAUGCUAAUGCACCUUGUACGGCAAA